AUGCCCUCAAUACAUCAAGAAAUACCACCAUUGCCGACCUCAAUUUCGCCGUCGUCACCAUCAAUAAUAGACAAAAUAUCAUCAGUUACCAAUGACAACAAUCACACUAAGCCUUAUCAGAUAUAUACUUUAGACCAAGUCAAGAUCCAUGAUAAACCUAAUGACUUAUGGAUGAUAUUAUAUAACAAAGUGUACGAUAUAACUAAUUUCACUUCGAUCCACCCAGGUGAUGUUGAAGUGUUACUUGAUUGUGGAGGUGCUGAUGCAACUGAAGCAUUUGAGGACGUUGGGCAUUCAGAUUUUGCAUUUCAAAUGUUGAAACCUUAUUUAAUAGGGGAAUUGCAAUUACUGGAUCAAAAAAAAUACGAAAGCAAAUUAUUAUCUGCACGGAAAAUUGACGUCACUUCAGAUAAUAAUAUAAACACCAUUAGUAAUUUACAAACUGGGGAAAAGGAUAAUAUGAAGAACAAUGCUAUUUCCACUAAUGUCAGCAUCGCUGGAAAACACGACAAUACUAAAAAAACCAAUAAUAAUCUCAACAGCAAUGACAAUAUCACCACUAAUAGUAUACAUGGGGUUGGGAUCACCAAAAGUAAAAAGAAAAGGCGAAACUAUAGUAAACAAAACAAGACUAGAGAACAUAUUAGAAUGCUUUCCCUUGGUAUAUUGGCACUUGUUUCCUUGGUAUUGUUUUUAUAUAUUCAACGGUUUAGAUGGUUACAUAUGUGA